AUGGAUGAAAGAGUUGGAGAAAUUCGUGGUGUCUCUGAUGCUAGUAAUGUCUUGAAUCAAAGCAUCAGAGAGAACAGAGAAGAAGAUUCCACCUUAUGUGAUGGCGAGAGCAAAAAACAUGAACCAGAUGAACAAAAGCGUGGUAAAUACUUUUUCUACGACACGCCACUCUCUGAAGAAACCGGGGUUUGGAUACCUGUUUCAGUCCCACCGAUGUUAGAACCUGAUCACGAGGAAUGGUCAAGAGGCCUCAGUUUCAACGGCGGUUACUUCCCGGAGGGAGACAUGGGAUGGAACGAGUUCGUUGUCGAUGAGGAGAAAGAGUUAACGAUGUGGGAUGUCAUAGUUGAUAUGUUGCUCGCAGCACGUGGUAAAGCGAACGCUCUUACUUCAGGGAAUCUCGAGAGAUGUGGGAUUUCGUUUCUCUCCGGACAUUUUCUUGAGCAAGCUUGGCAAGAUAUGGCUGAGACACUCACUGAAGCCAACUUUGGCAACGCGAGAGAGAUUCUUGAAACAGAGCCGCCCAAGUGGCUACCGGAUAGUGCUGCCUCUGCGUGUAUGCUUUGUAGCGUGAGGUUUCAUCCGAUUAUGUGUUCGCGUCAUCACUGUAGAUACUGUGGAGGGUUGUUCUGUAGGGAUUGUUCUAAAGGAAGAAGCUUGUUGCCAGUGAAGUUUCGUGUCUCGGACCCUCAAAGGGUUUGUGAUGUUUGCUGUGUGAGGUUGGAGUCUGUGCAGCCUUAUUUGAUGGACCAAGUGAGUCCUGCUGCUCAGCUUCCGACGUAUGACUUGACUGAUCUUAGUACGUUGAGGUCUUGGGUGAAUUUUCCAUGGGGGCAGUCAAUGGAGUAUGAGAUUUACAAGGCAACAAACACUAUUCGUGGUUAUAUUUCCAAUGUUGGUUCUUCGAGAGCUGAGAGGUCAAUCCCAGAUGCGAUUCUAAGACAAGCGAAAGGUCUUGCGGUAAUCACUGUUGCGAGAGUUGGAGUUAUGGUUACGUAUAAAAUCGGGACUGGACUUGUGGUUGCUCGUAGAGAUGAUGGUUCCUGGUCUCCACCUUCAGCCAUCUCUUCAUUUGGUUUGGGAUGGGGUGCUCAGGCAGGAGGAGAGUUCAUAGACUUUAUUAUUGUCCUGAGAACUCGGGAUGCCAUACGGACGUUUGGGAGUAACACCCAUCUUGUUGUUGGAGCUGGUUUAAGCGCUGCGGUUGGUGUGACGGGACGAGCUGUUGAAGCAGAUAUCCGAGCAGGUAGUGGUGGUUAUGCCGCUUGCUAUACCUACAGCUGCAGCAAAGGUGCAUUUGUUGGAUGCUCGCUUGAAGGAAGCAUCUUCACAACACGUACAAGUGAGAACUCAAGGUUCUACGGGAGCCAGUCCCUCGCUGCGCCUGACAUCCUCCUUGGCUCUUUGCCUAGACCGCCCGCUGCUGCUCCACUCUACCGUGCGCUUGGUGAUUUGUUUCAGAAGAUGGGCAGUGAAACUGUUCGGUAUCCAACAAUUUCUGAAGACUGA